GGAAGUGAAGAGUGUGUGACAGCAGAAGCCCCAUGUAUGCACUUCCUCCAAACGACACUUUCUCUCUCUGUCUCUACUGAUAAAGGUUUAAUCAGUAUUUCUUUUGGAAUACGACUACGAACCAGGUGUUUGCCAUGUGAUGUUGGAAAUGCAGAAGCAAUCGAGUAUUAAUCUGUUGAUGAACUUACAACACAAUACAUAGAGUGGACAUUUGAUCUGACCUGUGUUGGUUUGCAUUAUAGUUCUGCGUUGGUGUGUCAGCAUCGUUCUCAAUGCAUAAACAGCCAGCACUGGUGAUUCCUGGAGCUGUUCAGAUGAGGAUCAAGAACUCUCAGAGCAUCACUGGAGAGAGACUCAGCCAGACAAAGUCUAUGGUCAUACAAGAGCCUGACUCACAACAGAAACUAAUCAGCCGUCACCGGAGGAACCAGUCUCAGCAUAACAUUGAUGGUUCUGUUGGGCUGCAGCCUGUGUUAAAAGGAGAAUAUUUGAACAAAGCCAAAAUUGCUGAAGGAGGAAAGAAAUUAAGGAAAAACUGGACUUCCACCUGGGUUGUUCUUUGCUCUAAUCAACUAUUAUUCUAUAAGGAGAGCAAACAAGAAGCUGUGGCUAAUUUGAAACCAGGUUAUAAACUAGAUGGUGUGGAUCUGUGUGAGGCUGUAAUAGAGUGGACAACAGAGAAGUCCAGCCGAAAAAAUGUGAUUCAGAUAACCACUCCCACCGGUCAUGAAUUUUUGCUGCAGGCAGAUCACUUUCCAACCAUCUGUAAAUGGCAUGAUGCCAUCAAAAAAGCAGUAGACAGUCUGUCGAGUGGAGCUGGAGGCCAGAGCUAUGCUAGACCAACCCUACAGAGGUCCAACAGUACAGAAUGUUUGUCAAGACCAACCGGUGAUCCGCCUAAACCCAAACCAAAAGAGCCCAAAUCUGAACACAGACGCUCCAUCAUGUUCAAGCUGAAUUACAGCGCCUCCGACAACGCAGACAAGAAUGGAGUCAAGAACAGACUGAAGAAAUUCAUUUCCAGACGGCCCUCUAUGAAAACGCUGCAGGAAAAAGGCCUUAUUAAAGACCGAGUGUUCGGAUGUCAUAUACUGACCCUGUGCGAGAGACAAGGGACCACAGUGCCCAGAUUUGUCAAAUUGUGCGUGGAGCAGGUGGAGAAACGAGGCCUGGUGGCUGAUGGAAUAUACAGGGUGAGUGGCAAUUUGGCCACUAUCCAAAAACUACGCUUCCUAGUUGACCAAGAGGAGGAGCUUGACUUGGGCGACAGCCAAUGGGAGGACAUCCAUGUCAUCACCGGAGCGCUAAAGAUGUUUUUCCGCGAGCUGCCAGAGCCCCUGUUUCCCUUUCGCUUUUUCGAACUGUUUGUGGAAGCCAUUAAAAUUAAGGAGCCCACACAGAAGGUUCAAGCAAUGAAGAAAUUGAUCCAUCAACUCCCCAAACCCAACCACAACACCAUGAAACUGCUCUUUCACCACCUGAGGAGAGUCUUGACAAAGUCACAGCAAAACUUAAUGUCGACCCAGGGCAUUAGCAUUGUGUUUGGACCAACUCUCAUGUGGCCCGAAUUUGAAGCAGGAAACAUGGAAGUCAAUAUGGUAUACCAGAACCAUAUAGUGGAGUUCAUUCUUAUUGAAUGUCUUGAGAUCUUUGGACUGGAGGGCAAGUAAAAUUAGUUUUUAUAGAAGAGACUCUACAAAAAGCAAGAAAUGUGUGAGAAUUGAGGACUUUUAGAAUGUUAUGGUACUCUCAUGUAAUACUAUUUCUUGUUGCUGAUGUGUUCAUACUGUAUGUGCUUUUGAAAAAGAAUGUAUUUUUUCUUUUUUUUAAAGACUCACAUUUAUAAGUAAUGUCAGGUAUAUUUAAUCUAUUUUUUUGUAUUAUGCAAAUAAUCUUUACAUUGUAUUAUACUUCAUUAAAACAUCAUCAACAAAGUUGAAAAGAUGUAUAUUUGUAAUGAUAUCAAGGGAUUUUGUAAAUGGGUUUGUACAAUUAUGUUUUCAAAAGGAAACUUUGUAAGUUAAAAUGAAUUGCCAUUUUUUUGUCAAUUCUCGUUUAAAUGUAAAAAUUUUACUUAGCUGCAAAGCCUUUUUUUAAUAACAGACAGGUGAUGCUUAAGGUAUUUUUUUUUUUUUAAGCACACAUUGUGCAAUAGGUUCUUGCUUUGGUGUGUUGACAUUUUGUUUGUUGUAUUAAUGGUAAAGUGGCAGUGGUAGCUCUGAGGUUAAGGCUCUGGGUUACUGAUCAGAAGGUCAGGGGUUCAAGCCCCAGCACUGCCAAGAUGCCACUGUUGGGCCCUUGAGCAAGGCCCUUGACCCUAUCUGCUUCAGGGGUGCUGUAUCAUGGCUGACCCUGCACUCUGACCCCAGCCUAGCUGGGAUAUGUGAAAAAGAAGAAUUUCACUGUGUAUGUAUAAUUUUACAAAUAUUUUUUC